AUGGCCACCGAAUCUCUAAACAUGCACAAAGACCGUCUCUCGGCAGAGGACCUCGAUCUCAAAGAUCCCCACGUCUCCUCCAGCCUCGCCCUCUUCGCCAUCCACAACCUCAUCCGUCGCAAUCUCAAGGCCUGCGCAGAACAUGCCACCACAGUGCAGCCAGCAAACAUCGACGCCUUCGCCACCUACGCAAAGUACACCCUCCACGUCCUCCGCGACCAACUCACCUCCGUCGACGAGAUCUGGUUCCCGGUGUUCGCAGAAUACGACCCCGGCUUCCUAGCGCAAAAGGACGCACACGAUGCCCUGUAUCAGAAAAUCACCGCGCUGGAGGCGCAUCUAGCCACUGCCACCGCCGAGCAGGACCAGCUCCUCUCUACGGAGAUAGCAGCUGGUUUCGCAGACCUUCACGAAAUCACUGACAAGCAGUAUGAUCUCGAAGAGGAGCUUGUCAACCAGCUAGGGCGCAAGGUGCCUAUCGAGACUAUUCGCGCUCUGGAGAAGAAGCAGGAGGAAAGACGGAGAGCUGAUGUCAAGGUGUAUGGGCAUCUGUGGACGGCUGUGUAUCUCCUGCGUGGUCUGGAGCCCAAGGAACGGGCGAUUUUCCCGCCUGGAAUACCAAAGCUGAUUGUGGGUGGGAUGCUGACGGCUGGGGCGAUGCAGUUUCGGAGGUGA